AUGCAGGCGCCGAAUGACCCGGUUCAGGAGCAGAACAGGGAGGGUUCUGGGUGUCAGUCAGGAGUCCAGCGGGUGCAAAUUACAGCCGCGUCUCUCUGGAAAUGAUGGCGCUGCCUCCAACGCCGCGCCCCCUGAUGCCGUGAUGCCAUUCAGCCCCCUGUCAAGUGACGAGGAGCACCAAAGGAUGCUGGGGAACAGCAGACUUCUUUAUCCCGGGGCAGAAGACGAGGAAGAGGAGGAGGAGGAAGAGGAGGAGGAAAUGGACGAGGACGAGCGCGACGAGGAAGGAGAGGAGGAUGAGAACGGUGAGCUGGAGGGGGAGGAGGAGGACGAGGAGGAGGAGGUGAGGCGGGGAGGCCCGUCUCGGAUGGGCCGGGGUCAAAGCCACAGGCAGUCUGGGAAAAUGGCCGGACGGCCCGCGGCGGAGCGACGCUCGGGCAAUCCUGGACACACCGCAAACCCGUACUCAUCCAACCCCGGACCCCCCCACCAACAAGCAGCCAAUCAGACGCAGCAGCAGAGGAGGCUGAAGGAGCGCGGCGCCAACUCAACGCCAUCUGAAGAUGCCCACAUCGCCAUGAUGGUGUUCCGCAUCGGCAUCCCAGACAUAAAGCAAACGAAAUGUUUGCGCUUCAACCCGGACGCCACGGUGUGGAAGGCCAAGCAGCAGGUGCUCUGCUCCCUGACCGAAUCCCUGCGGGACGUCCUGAACUACGGCCUGUUCCAGCCCGCCACGGACGGCCACGAUGCCAAGUUCCUGGAGGAGGAGAGGCUGCUCCGAGAGUACCCACAAUCCUUUGAGAAGGGGGUUCCAUAUCUGGAGUUCCGCUAUAAAACCAGGGUCUACAAACAAACCAAUCUGGAUGAGAAGCAGCUGGCCAAGCUGCACACGAAGGCCAGUCUGAAGAAAUUCAUGGACUACAUCCAAACCAGCGCCGUAGACAAGAUGGCCAAGUUUCUGGACAAGGGUCUGGAUCCCAACUACCAGGAUGCUGACACCGGCGAGACCCCCCUGACCCUGGCGGUGCAGUGCGAGCCGGGUGGCGGCGAGGCCAUCCGGGUGCUGGUGGAUGGAGGGGCUCACAUCGACUUCCGUGCCAAAGAUGGACUCACGCCGCUCCACAAAGCUGUUCGAGGCCACCACCACACAGCCCUGCUGGUGCUGCUCUCUCUGGGUGCAUCUCCAGACUACAAGGACCGGCGGGGGCUGACGCCGCUUUACCACACUGUGCUGACGGGAGGCGACACCUCCUGCUGUGAAACCAUGCUGUACCACAGAGCCAAGCUGGGCAUCAGGGACGAGAACGGCUGGGACGAGACGCAUCAGGCCUGUCAAAACGGAAACUCGCAGCAUCUGGAGCACCUCCUCUUCUACGGGGCGGACUCCUCCUCCCAGAAUGCCUCUGGAAACACUGCCUUGCACAUCUGUGCUUUAUACAACAAGGAAAGCUGUGCACGAAUCCUGCUGUACCGCGGAGCCAGUAAGGACACAAAAAACAACAGCGGGCAGACGCCCUUCCAGGUUGCUGUCAUGUCUGGUCAUUUUGAACUCGGUGAAAUUAUUAAAAACCACCGAGAUACGGAUGUGGUUCCCUUCGUGGAGUCUCCCAAGUACGCCCCCCAGAGGCGGGACAGUUCCCGCACCCUGGCAGUGCCCCACCCUCACCCGUUCCUCCGGGCGAACAGCGACAGCAGCAUGAACCUUCCCGACUGGAUGGCGGUGCCCAACGCCCCCACCUCCAACAUCGUGUCUGUGCAGGGCUUCAAGCACACCGGAGCUCUGAGGAGCUCCAGCAGUCCCCGGGGAGCCAGGACGCGCUCGCCAUCGCGAGGGAGGAUCGGGGACAAGGAGGACCGGAGCCGGCAGAGCCGGAGGCAGGGGCCUUCCUCCACCAGCACCACAGCACAAGCUACAGACCCGCGCCGACGCCUCUACAGCGCCGUCCCAGGACGGGUCUUCGUGGCCACUCGAGCGCACUCCGCACAGGGAGAGCGAGAAAUCAGCUUCAAUAAGGGAGACAGGGUCAAAGUGCUGAGCGUUGGCGAAGGCGGGUACUGGGAGGGCACGGUGAGAGGCCGCACAGGAUGGUUCCCCUCCGACUGCGUGGAGGAAGUGAUGCUGCGACAAGACAACCGAUCAGAGAGUCGAGGGGAGCGAGCUAAAAGGCUGUUCAGACAUUACACUGUGGGCUCCUACGACAGCUUCGACGCUCCCAGUGACUACAUAAUCAAGGAGAAGACCGUGCUCCUCCAGAAGAAAGACAGCGAGGGGUUUGGCUUUGUGCUAAGAGGGGCUAAAGCUCAGACUCCGAUCGAAGAGUUCACACCCACUCCGGCCUUCCCAGCUCUGCAGUAUUUGGAGUCGGUGGACGAAGGAGGAGUGGCCUGGAGAGCCGGCCUCAGGAUGGGGGAUUUUCUCAUAGAGGUGAACGGUCAGAACGUGGUGAAGGUCGGUCAUCGGCAGGUCGUCAACAUGAUCCGACAGGGCGGCAACAGCCUCAUGGUGAAGGUUGUCAUGGUAACGCGCAACCCAGACAUGGAGGAGGGUUCCAGGAAGAAAAUCCCACAGCAGAGUAAGAGGCUGAACACGCCGGCCAUCGCCCUGCGGUCCAAAUCAAUGACUUCAGAGCUGGAGGAAAUGGUGGAGAGAGCUGCUACCCCAUGGAAAAAAAAAUCAGAAUUCGAAUCCUCACAAGCUGCAGAGAAGAAGAGGACAGUCUAUCAGAUGGCUCUGAAUAAACUCGAUGAAAUUCUUGCAGCAGCUCAACAGACAAUCAGCAACAAUGAGGCGCCGGGGACACGGGGACAGGGGCCAAAGAGAGACAGGGGGAGGAGUUUCUAUGGCAAUGAGGUUUACGGAGAUCAGUCCGGGAUGGGGCUGAUGUCGUCAGGGUUGGGCCUCGGUUACGACCGUGGACAAUACACCUCAGGUCAUGCGCCCCCGCACGGUAUGCUGCGGCAGAAAUCCAUCGGUGUGCCUGAGGAGGAAAAGCAGUUCCUGCAUCCUCCAGCGGUGAAGUUUGCCAGAAGUCUAUCGGUGCCCGGCCCUGACGACAUUCCUCCUCCUCCGACCACAGCUCCACCGGAGCCUCCAUUCUCCUCCGCUCCUCCACUUGGUUGGAGAGCCAAGUCAUCUCAGCAGCCCUCUGUCUCCGUGUCCCAAUCUACGUCCACCUCUGCACACUACCAGCCCUACUCCCAGGCCCAGUCCGUGCACUUCACCCAUGGUGGCAGGGAGAGGGCGGGUGGUGCCAGUGCUGGAGCAGUGGACCACACCACAUCUUAUGCACACGCUGCAGCUGUCCACACAGCUCAAAGCAGGACUGCUUCGCGAAAGGUUGCCUACACUGGGGAACCUGUUGGGGCUGGGACGGGGGUUAAGGCAGCAGGUCUCCGAAGAGGCUACAGCACAGCCGUCCCUCCAUCCAGCAUCGCAACAGUGAUGCCCCAGCAACAACAGACUACCCAGAGCCAAGCCCAGCGUGCAGACCGCAGCGCAGCUGCAGCUGGGGGUCCUAAAGGAGGGGCCAGGAGAGGGAAAGGCCCUCUAGUGAAGCAGUCCAAAGUGGAGGACCUGCGUGCCGGCCAGGGAACUCUGGGGAACAAAGACUCUGUGGAGAAAAGCUCCAUCCCUAUACCCACCAUCAUCGUCAAGGCCCCUUCAACCAGCAGCAGUGGGCGUAGCAGCCAAGGCAGCAGUGUGGAGGCUGACGUUCCUACAUCAGGGGAGGCAAAUGAGACAAAAACAUCCUCUACUCCCGCUCCACAGCCUCCUGCGCCACCAUCCAUUCCAGCACCGCCACCUCCCUCUUUGCCUUCAAUUCGGGCCCAGGAAAACUUGGACUUCACCAGCCAGUUUGGGGCUGCCAUUGUUGGUGCAGCUCGCAGAGACCGGGAGCGGUUUCACGAAGCACGGCGAAAGAGCGCCUCCUUGUUCAUGUCGGCCGAGGAGGACGUGAGUCUUGAUGGAAUAGGCGGGAUAGCACGGACUCAGGUGUCCCAGCAGCCGCUCAACACACAGGCUGACAGUUCAUCGACCCGACUACGGCCCUCAAAAUCCAUUGAUGAAGGCAUGUUCUCUGCAGACACCUUCAUCCAUCACACCCGGAGUAUGCCCCCAGCUUUUGGCCUGCCUGAAUACUCCACGCCUGCCCUGGACUAUCAGCCCAAAUCUGUGCCUGCUGAUUUGUACACGGCAGCAGGCAGACAGCCCACACUCCCCGCAAACACCACCUUCAUCCACCCUCUAACGGGGAAAGCUCUUGACCCCUCAUCACCAUUAGGGCUUGCCCUAGCCGCUAGAGAACGCGCCCUGAGGGACGACACCACGCUCAGAAGAGGACCGGAGCAUCACUUCGUCCGCCAGAUGUCGAGCGUAGUCUUCCCUUCGUCCUCUGUCACCUCUCAGGCAGCGUCAUCCACAUCGCAGUCCUCCAGCUCGUACCUGGUCACCUCUUCCUCCCUGGCGGCCACUACCCCCACAGUUGGUCGCCCGCCGUCUCCCAGAAUCCUCAGAGGAGUUGGGAGUUCAUGGGGCGAGGAAGGUGGUGGUGGUGGAGGAGAGAGGGAGCGGGAAGGAGGGAGUCGGGAAGGGCUCAGGGUUCGCUUUUCGGAGGACAAAACGGUCCACACGCACCACUAUCAGUCUCAGCCAUAUCAGCCUUCAUACAAGGAGCGGGAGCGCGACCGGUCGAGGGAGAGGGACAAAGACAGGGAGGGGUACUUGAGGAGGGCAGAGCAGACUGCUGCUAAUGCGGCGGCAGCUGAUAGUGCCGCCCAUCAGGUGUCCCAGUCUCAACAGCCUCGGAGGCCCACUUUUCUCAGGAUGGAAAGUCAAGCGGAUGCUUAUCGGCUGUCCCUCACACCUCCUUCCCCUCCAGCAACCAGCACCCAGCAACCGGGGAGCAAUGCAGGAGGCAGCGGGACGGGCCUGAUGGUUCUUCCUCCUCCUGCUCCUUCAAUUGAUGCCGACGAUGAGUUUGUCUACGUAGACCCCCUCCCACCGCCGUUAGGCCCCCACCACACCCGGCUGUCUCUCCACCGCCUCCCCCCGGAUCGUACCAUCGCCCCUUCUCCAUGUCGCACCAUCUUUACAACAGCACCCCCGCUACUGGACGGUCUUCACCCACACCUCCGUCGCACACAAUCGCCCCACCCCCAGCAUACCGUGGUCCCCCUGCUCACCCUACAGCCGCCACCUCCGUCCCGCACAGGGGCACCGCCUCCCAUGCAACGACCGCUAGCUGUGCUGCUACAACCACUGCUGCUGCCACCACAACAAGCACCUCCAUCCAUCUCUACCAGGAGAGAACACAGAUGACGCACACGGCCUCGUCCACCGCCGCCGCCGCAGGCAGUCGUAGGGCAGGGGAGCAACAGCGCUCUUACCCCACCACCAAAAAAGGAGAGUCCCAGGAGACGGUGGUGGACUCUGGGAUCGAGGAACUGGACAGUCGGAGCAGCAGCGACCACCACCUGGACAGCAUCCUGGGGCUGAGCGGUGCUGGCGUUCGUGGGGAGAGGCUGGACCGAGGUGAGAGGUUAGGAGUGGGAGGACGACUGGGAGGAGGCGGGGCAGGAGAGACCGAAAGAGGAGGGGGAGAUUUUCUUGAGUCUUACAUGAGCUACUUGGACGGGCAAACUUUCGAGAUGCAGAAUGCAACAGCCGCAGCCUCCACCUACCCGAAAACGAGCAGGUUCAGGGAAGGAGGCCGUGCCGGCGAGCUGCAGAGACAGACCAGCACCGCUCCGCCAUCCUUCCACUCCCACAGGCAGAGGACGGACCAGGAGGAGGACGAGCUGGAGGAGGGAGUGGCAGACGACGAAGGCGGCCAGGACGCGUAUAAUAUCAGGGACAUGCAAAAUUUGGGACGUCCUACUUCGCCGUAUUUCGAUCGGCCGCGCACGCCGGACAUGAAGCCUCUCUGGGGGGACGGGCAGAUGAGUGGAGAUGGAAGCGGCCAGGCGGGAUCGCUUUUGGAAGGGAAGAAGAUUUACCCCCCUGUUUCCAGUAUGAAGCCCAGCAUCAUUAAUGAGCUGAGCAGCAAACUGCAGCAAAGAAGCAAAGACAGCUGGAGCAGCCAGAGACCGCUGAGCAGACACAGACGCAGAAACAGGUUUUCAGAAGACUCGGCUUCAGCUCUGAGCCCCCCCUCGGCUCGAUCUCAGUCACCGUCUCCCAUCUCAUUAUCGCAGCCGUCGUUAUCUCCAUCUCCCACCCCGGCUUCCCAUUACCCCAACUGGGGGCGAGCGCCAUCCCCUCAGCCCCCCGCCGCCUCUCAGCCGCCACGUUCCCAUUCCCCGCUGUCCCCCACAUCCUAUUCCCCGUACCCCACCUCCCCCAAGCACAGACCUGUCUACCGGACCAAAGCUCUAGAAUUUCAGUUCAUCCCCAGUCGAGAGUCUCGAAAAGCAGAAUCCCACAUGCUCCAGCGCAGGAGAGCCCCCAGCCCGCUCAUUUCCCCGUCCGAGAGGCCCAAGGUGGCCCCGCCGCGCCCGUCCUCCCUCCCUCUGCUCCCUACCUCACCUCUGUAUAGUGCCAUCUACGACCUCCGCGGUUCCAUCACCCCGCCAUCGCCUGCAAACCCCCUCGGAGAUCCCUACUUCUCCCCUUCCCCCCCCCUGUUUGCCCCAUCUGGGGCGCCGCCUCCUCCAAACUCCACCCUGGUUGUGUCUCGAUCGCUUUCUCCAACUCACUUUCUGUCCGGGACAUCGUCUCCGCCCCUACACCCUAUCCCUCCGCCCACCUGUCUGAGUUACCCCCAUUUACCGCCCCCGUCCCCCACCAAGCCCUUUGCCUCCAAGCCCCUCCCCUACUGGACCAAGUACGACGUCGCCGACUGGCUGGGAUACCUGAACCUGGGAGAACACAGAGAGCGUUUCCUUGACAACGAGAUCGACGGCACCCACCUGCCCUCCUUGACCAAGGAAGACUACCUGGAUCUGGGGGUUACGAGAGUCGGGCACCGCAUGAACAUAGAACGAGCUCUGAGGAGCGUGAUAGACAGACUGUCCAGCAGCCCUUUCCCCAUCUCCGUCCUGUCACCUCGGGACGGACAGACGGAGAGGAGGAUGGAGGACGGGAGUCGGAGCUGAGGCUGCGGAGAGAGAAGUGAGGAGGUGCAACUGCUGCUAUCCACAGAGGAUUCACACAACAAAGGACGGCGAGGGGAAGGGCGGCUGACCCCGGACGAUUCACACGCUCUCUACAUGCACACACCAACACGCCAUCGACGAACCAUCGGAGGCCAAAUGGAGUUUUCAGUCUCCACUCUCCUCAUCCGGCUGCUCCUGUUCAGGGUGAAUGCUGGUGAAUGUGAGCAUGCUGAGUGGAAGCAGCAGAUGGAUCCCUGGUCACCUCGGUUCCGGGCGGGGAGACUUGCUGUGUGUUUGGCGUGGAUCGGGCACGUGUUGUUCGUACCUCAUGGCUGGUAGGGCUCGGUUGUCGGUGCGCCCUAGAGCUCUUUAUCAUCUUCUAACAACAUAUAUACAGACUGGUCACUGUAUCACCAAUUUGUAGCAAAAACAAGUGCCCAGACCAACAACAUAAAAUAUUACUGAUGUGCACACCACUCAUGUCUGCCCAGCCAGCAGGGCGAAAGGGACCCCAUGUGGUUUAAAAGAGGGCUGAAAAUGUGGACCCCAAAUGGGUUUGUUCACGGUUUCUGUGGCUCCACCUGAGUUGGCCCACAUUGGCUGAUGUGGGAAAUCAGGGAGUUGGCUCGCUACGCUAGCCAGCCUCCUGGAGGACAGCUAGCUAGCUCUAUACGGUGAAGCUACCUAGCUCUAUACAGUGGAGCUUGCUAGCUUGCUAGAGAGGAUCUCGCUAGGUCGCUACAAAUAAGCUCACUAGCAUGCUACAGUGAAGCUUGCUAGCUUGCUACAGAGCAGCUGGCUACAGGGGAGGUCACUAGAUAGAUCCAAAGGAGCUUGCUAGCUUGGUACAGAUGAGCUGAAGUAUACUGAAGCGGAGCUUGCUAGCUCGAUACAAUGUAGUUCGCUACAGAUGAGCUCGCCAGCAUGCUACAGUGGAGCAUGCUAGCUCGAUACAGAAGAUCUUGCUAGCUCACUACAAAUGAGCUUUCUAGCAUGGUGCAGUGGAGUUUGUUAGCUUACUACAGAGAAGCUCGCUUGCUCACUACAGAUGAGUUCACUGGCGUUCUACAGCGGAGCUCGUUAGCUUGCCGCAGGGUAGGUCACUAGCUCAAUACAAUGGAGCUCGCUACAGAGGCUAGCAUGCAACAUCAGAGCUUGCUGGUUUGCUACAAAGGAGCUCGCUAACUUGGGACAGUGGAGCUUGCUACAAGGGAGGUCACUAGCUCAAUGCAAAGGAGCUUGCUAGCUUGCUACAGGGGAGGUAUCUAGCUCAAUAAAACGUAGCUCGCUAGCUCACUACAGAUGAAUUUGCUAGUAUGCUACUGUAGAGCUAGCUAGCUUGAUACUGAAGAUCUUGCUAGCUCGCUACAAAUGAGCUCUACCAUGCUACAGUGGACCUUGCUAACUCAAUACAGAGGAGCUUGCUAGCUUACUACAGAGGAGCUUGCUAGCACGCUACAUUUGAGUUAACUAGCAUUUUACACCGGAGCUCGUUAGCUUGCUACAGGGUAGGUUGCUAGCUCGAUACAACGGAGCUCGCUACAAAGGCUGCAGCGGAGCUCACUAGCAUGCUAGUUAGCUCGCUACAGCAAAGUUUGCUAGCUUGCUGAAAUGGAGCUCACUAGCUUGAUACAGCAGAGCUCGCCAUAGCAGAACUUGCUAGCAUGCUAAGCUGUCCACCAGGCAGCUGGUUAGCGUAGCGAGCUAACCCACUGACUGCCCACUUUAACCCACAUUUUCUGCCUCUUGUAAACCACUUGGGGCCCCCAUGGCGUCGCUGGCUGGGUGCAUGCACCAAACAUGUAGACGCUCCUGAUGUGAGCCAAUGGGACACCUUCUAUAUAGACACAUCUCAUUUUUGGAUCCAUGGAGGAGGCGGGCCGCGCUUUCAACUGUUAGGUGGGAUUUACGUGAAGAGAAAUCUUCCAAAGGAUUUUUUUUUUUAAUCAGAGAAAGACUUCUUCUUCAGCAUGAAGACAGGUGCUGCGCGCGGGGAUGAAGAGUAAAAACUGCCACUUUCGUCUUCUAUCCCACCUCCGCUCCUCGGGGAGGAGGAGGCAGGAGAACCCAGACGUCCAGUUUUAAUACUCUGAUUGUUCUUAAACUUUUUAAACUUUAAACGGGAUCACUGGAAUAUUGAUACGAAGAGAUUUGUCCUUGCUUUUUAUCAUUACUAUCAUCGUCCUUACUGUUAUUGCUGCUUUAUUUCAAGCUGAAGAUAAUCAUUGUGGUAACAAAUAUUAUAAAAGUGUGUAAGGGUAUUUUUUGAAAAAGAUGCACUUGAUCCAGAUCAUGGCGAGAAGACGUGUGAAGCACAUUUCUCCCACAUUUUGCUGUUUGACUGUGAAGCUUUCAUUUAAAAUGUAAAGAAAAAAAAAGGCCUCAAAGUAUAAUUUUCUCUCUUUUUAAAUGUGCACUCAGUGUUAUGGAGAUGCUGUAAGGAUGUAGCAGCUGUUGCUAUGGAAACGAGGACUUUUAUUCUAAUCUUAGGAUUUUCCAGACCCCUUUUUUUAUUUAUGUUUUAUUUUUUUGUGCACUCUUCAGUUUUUGCUGAGAUCAAAUAUAAGGGCUCUUUCAUGACCUCUACCUUAAGCAACUCUUCACCUCUCCUGCUGUCCUCGAAUCCACAAACACUUUGGUCAAACGUGAAUUAGACGACCAUUUCUGCUCUCUUUUAAAAAAAAGUAAAGUUCUUUGUUUGUUUCUCAAAGUGCACAGCGGCUGUGAGAUGUGAUUCUGCAGAAGAGUUUUGUAUGUUUAUGGGCAAAAAGAGAUUAUAUUUAGAUGUAAAAGAAAUAACAUUAAGGACGAUGAAAAUAAUGGUCAUAUAUCUAUGAUUUAAGAUGUAUAAAAAAAAAGAAAUCUGAAAAGUUCUAAAGAAUCUCUGUCUUCCAAAUAAUGUUUAACAAGAAAAUGUAUUUAUUGAACUGCUCUGCUUCCUAUACAGUUUGACCCGUUCUUUGCGCUCCUUUUCUCUCAUUUGCAUCUUCCAGCAAACGGUCACGUGCGCCAAACAGCUCGCCACCUGUAUCUGUGCAUUAUGCAACGACCUUCUUCUCACGACCAGCUGUGACUUCUUACGCUUGGAGGUCAUUGUGGUUCCGAUUCUGCUUCCAUCCGGUCUGUUUAAGCUGGAGCCCAAACAUUUCCCUGCUGAUCAUCUUUUUGAAGUGAAACCAGAUCCUCGUCUGGACGAAAACACUCGAGGGAAUCGGUCCGACUCUAUAGAAAGCAAUCGUUUUCUGUUAAGAGAUCUUAAAAAAAAAAGAACUGAUAACGUUAACUUACAGAAUAUAUAUGUAUAUGUUAUACGCAUAUACACACAUUCAUACAAAUAUAUGAAUUUCAGAUGUUUUAAGAAAUAAAUUGUUAGAAAUAUAAUAAACAGAAACAGUUCUAAUUGA